AUGUCCGAUCUCAACCAGCCGCAGGUGCAGGAACAAGAACAAGAGCAGCUCCCCCCAGAUCUCAAAGGCCGUCUCCGAGAUUCCUACAACGCCAUCGCGCCGCUGUACAACAUGUGGUCACUUGCAUACCAGGGAUAUCGCAUGCGUUACACUUGCAAGCUGCUAGAGUUCAUGCGAAAAUUUAAGCAGCAGCGGCAUCAAUCCCCCAAAGAGCACGCCUUCAUCAAGCCCACGGAUGAUGGAACCGGCUACGAGUACAAGGCCCCCAACCCCGAGCACCUCAAAGGCAUGAACGCCCUCGAGGUUGGCUGUGGCUCCGGCAUUCCCGUGGCCGAAAUUCUUCUGGCUAAGGACAUGACUUAUUUCGGCGUGGACUUGUCGGUGACGCAGAUUAACACCGCCCUUCAAAACUUCCAAUACCAAACCGAUCAUCUUCAGGCUUCUUGGCUGGUGGGGGAUAUGAUGGAUCUGUCGUUUCCUCCGGGGGCGAUGGAUGUGAUUAUUGGCUUCUACAGUUUGAUCCAUCUACCACGGGAGGAGCAGCAGGUCUUUCUGAAACGGGCAUGGGGAUGGCUGCGGCCUGGGGGGAUGUUGAUGAUAAACUUUGGGCGGGAGGAACUGGUGAGUGAGGUAUCUGAGAAUUGGUUGGGUCAUGAGAAGGGGUGGAUGUUUUGGAGCAAUUGGGGGGAGGAUACGACGAUGGAGAUUCUAGAGGGUUUGGGGGAUGGGGAUGAAGAGGGCGACGGCGGUGGGGAGGGGGACGGAGGAAAAGCGGAAGUGUUGCUGAAGGAGAUCACGGAGGCGGAUGGAGAGGACCCAGCAUUUGUGUGGGUGAUUGUGAGAAAAAGUGGUGGUCUUGAACCUCGAGCGCGCCAUUUCGAAUUCCCAGCGGAGUAG